UUAGUGGUGUCAUUCAAAGACGGCUCAUACUUUGUUGGGUAUGCAGUCAGAGGAAAAAGAAAAGACAUGAAAUUUGUAUGGAGUAAGGGACAUAUUACAAGAUGUUUUGACGGCGUGACUACAGAAAGCUAUACCAGAAGAAAAAACUUUCAGGCGUCAAGUGUGUUUCUGACUAUUUAUUGCAGAAACUGCGUCAAACAAAGAUCUGAGUACAUUUUCUCAGUUCAAUACUACAUUUACAGUGUUUUAGCUUUUACUUUAAAAAGUUUAGUGAAAUACGUUUUUUGGGCUUCGCUCUGUAAUGUGUGUGUGUGUGGAAGUGAGAGAGAUACAAACAGUUUAAUUUGCUGUAGGAUAUACUCUGUAAGUCGUGUUUUGACAUAAAAGACUGCAAUAUCAGUGAUGACCAAGUUUGCCACGCAUACGCAGCUAACAGAUUGUGUAACAUCGCGAGUGCUUAUUGUUGCAGUUGAAUGGGUUAUCUAGAAUAUUUUUCAGUGCUUGUCGGGUUGUUGUAAACUUGAAAAUCCAGACCCGGCGAGACCCGGCGAGACCCGGCUAUUUAUCAGAUAAACAGGAAGUUGGAAAAACUGUAAAUCGAACCAGGAACUCAAUGGUUUUGCAACGUAUAUAUAUAGAAGACACGAAGGAGUGUGAGACCAGCUACUUUGAGAAGGGCCAGCUGUUUAGCAAAGCAACAGUUAUCAACGUGACCUCUAACCCUGUCGGUUGUCGCAAAGUCUGACCACGAGAGCUCUGCAAGAACUGAGGCUCUGACGUCACAACAAUGGCUGCAGCCGGUCUAUUGACACUUGGAACGGCACUUUUAAUCGCCACCACGCUUCUCCAAGCACAGUCAGAAUCGAUUGAUAUCAAGACUGAGGCCAGGGCUGUCGUAGCGAAUGUCCGUGACUUCGUUCUGAGAACAAAAGAAGAGACUUCCAUAGAAACAAUUCUACAAAACAUUCUUCGCUUACAGAGCAUCACUGUUAAUCUGAUCGCUCACCUGCCAGCCAAUCGAAUUUCAGAGUGCGAGACGCAGACUGUCAUUAAGUUGGCUGCGGCUGGAAUUGGCAGCCACGAGGUUCUGGAUGUCCUGUUGGCUGAAGAUGAUACAGGUGUGCUAGGCGCUCGUAUCAGGCUAUCCCUCGCCUUUUUGAAUCGACUGGCACAGCAUCUGGACGACAAGCUGUCACUGUCGUCUGACGUGGGCCCAGAGCUGACCGCCAUCACUUUCGGGGCCAACACCACAGCAGCCAUCAUUACCAUCUCCGGGUCAGACCAUGACGCACAUGCCUGCCAGGUUCUGUCACGUGGAGCGACAAAUUUUGCUGUCAGCAAUGAACCAGAUUCUUUGGAAGUUUAUUGCUGGGGUUGGGGUGGUGUGGUGCUGGCAUUGCUGCUGUAA